AUGGCUUCACCCGCCCCCGUCACUCCCGCCGCCGAGACCUCGCGUCAAUAUGUCCCCCUGACCUGCCACGGUCAUUCUCGACCUGUGCCUCACAUCUGCUUCUCUGGCCUCGAGAAGGGAGAGCAAUACUACAUGAUCUCGGCCUGCAAGGACGGCAACCCUAUGUUGCGCGAUGGCAUCACCGGCGACUGGAUCGGAACCUUCAUCGGCCACAAGGGUGCUGUCUGGCAGGCCAGAUUGAGCCCCGAUGCCUCCAAUGCUGCUACUGCCUCUGCCGACUUCACCGCCAAGGUCUGGGACACCCACAGCGGAGAGGUUCUCUACACCCUCCAGCACAACCACAUCGUCCGCGCCGUUGCCUACCCGCCCGACAACUCCGAGCUCAUUGCGACUGGAGGGAUGGAGAAGAAGUUGCGCGUUUUCGACUUGAGCGACUUUGCCCCCGACCCGAACUCUCCUGCCGGAACCCCCAUCACUGUCCCUGCUUCGGCCGGCUUCGAGAUUGGCGAGGGCACCCACACCGGAUCCAUCAAGUUCAUCGCCUGGACCAAGGAUCCUAACACGAUCGUAACUGCCUCCGACAACACCCUCAGAUGGUUCGAUCUCCCCACGCGCAACGUCAUCCGCCAGGAGGUCCUCGAUGGCGAGAUCAAGUCUUGCGAGCUUGUCUCGCUGGCACCCGAGUUCACCUCUCCCGGUGAUAUUGGUGGUGGCCUUCCUGUCCUUGCCGUGGCCGCCGGGAAGUGGGUGUACUUCUGGGGAGGCCCCCAAGCUUCGGACGAGCUCAAGCGUAUCGAGCUGAAGCACGGUGUCGCCAGUGUCGGUCUGGAUCUCAAGGGACGCAAGAUUGUCAUGGGAGAGGAGCCCGGCACCUGGGCGCGCGUCUGCCGCUGGGAUGACGGCGGCGAGAUUGGGCCACCACGGCCCAUCUGGUCUAUCGCCUUUUCCCCCGACGGCAAGCUUUACGGAACCGGCUCCGAAGAUGGCACGAUCAAGAUGUGGAAGAACUGCGACGGGUUCUACGGCCUGUGGCGCGGCGGUGCCCCCAAUGCCGAACGUAAUGUGGAUUAG